AUGAAGUUUUUCCUCUUUCUUGUCAUCCUUCUGGCUGUGGAACCAGUGAUAUCAGAAGAGUGUUGGAUGAAUGGAAAAUGCCGGUUGGUGUGCAAAAGUGAUGAAGAUAAUGUCGUACGCUGCGAAAAUCGUAAAAGGUGCUGUGUCCCUAGUCGCUACUUAACGGUCCAGCCAAUGACGGUUGAAAGAAUAGAACCCGGGACCGUUCCUCACACACACAAACCUGUGAAACGUGAGGAAAAUGAGCCCCAAGGAGGCACCAUCACCUACAUUCAUAAAUAG